AUGAACAGAGCAUUAUCCUGUGAUCAGAAACAGCACAAAUAUUUGGAGUGGCUUGACCAACAACCCAGCAAAUCGGUUCUUUUUGUUUCCUUUGGGUCCAACACUUCGUUAUCUGAUGAACAAAUUGAGGAGAUUGAUGUCGGAGUGAGAAACAACAACCAAAGAUUCAUCUGGGUCUUAAGAUGUGCUGACAGGGAGAUGUUUUCGCCGCCAAGGAGGUGA